AUGGGGAAGCCACGGAUGAUCAUUCUAGUGCGCCAUGCACAGUCAGAAGGCAACAAAAACCGAGACAUUCAUCAGACUAUUCCAGACCACCGUGUGAAACUCACUGCUGAAGGACAUCGACAAGCCCAGGAUGCAGGCCGACGACUACGUGACCUCCUGCAACCCGACGAUAAACUUCACUUCUUUACCUCCCCUUAUCGGCGGACAAGAGAGACUACCGAGGGAAUUAUUGAAUCCCUAACAGCCGAUACACCCGCUCCUUCGCCUUUCCAGAGACACACAAUCAAAGUUUAUGAAGAACCCCGGCUGCGAGAACAAGAUUUUGGUAAUUUCCAGCCAUGUUCAACGGAGAUGGAGCGCAUGUGGAUGGAGCGAGCAGACUAUGGUCAUUUCUUCUACCGGAUUCCCAAUGGUGAAUCCGCAGCGGAUGCCUAUGAUCGAGUGAGUGGGUUUAACGAGUCCCUCUGGCGCCAGUUUGGUGAGGACGACUUUGCAAAUGUCUGUGUGCUUGUUACACACGGCCUCAUGGCACGCGUAUUUCUCAUGAAGUGGUAUCACUGGAGCGUGGAAUACUUUGAGGACCUUCGUAACAUCAACCAUUGCGAGUUCCUGGUCUUGACCCACAACCCAGAAAACGGCAAGUACACACUACAGAACAAGCUUCGCACCUGGUCAGAUCUACGAAAAGAUCGAGAGCGUGAAAAUGCAUCCAAAGAGCAGGUCCCUGCGCCCGUUCCGCCUGCUGGUCAUGUCGGCCUCACUGAUCACAUCCCAAUUCGGCGCAAGUGGGGCGGUUGCCCCGACGGCUGCACUCAUGGUAUGACUGCAGAGGGAAAACAAUCGGUGCGAGCGAAUCUUUUGAAUUCUAUGCGUCACGAGCAUAGCUACGCUCAACCAAAGCAUACCGAUGACUAUGCAGGCAGUUUUGGCUCCAAGCUUCACAAGUCUAUAUCCAUCGAUGAGGUAGUAUCGUCCUCGGAAGACAGUUCGGCCCAGAAUGAGACCAGCCGCAAACCCAGCGCUCGUCACGUCUCCAACCCGCAGCACACACUUCGCGACGAUGACAACGGAGACACCAAGCAAUACGAUUCUAGCUCAGAAGCCCGGCCAAACGUGAAUCCAUUGCAUCCAAAACGCCCGAACUUCCAUGGACUGAACCGAAAUAGCGAAGACCAUCUGCCCCACCUGCCAACAGCUACAUCUUCAUCAUCAGCGCACCUAAAGUACGCCCUCCUCCACCUUGGUGGCCGUGACGGUGGAGGCUCCAUGAGCGGAGCAAAUAGCCUCGCCCCAUCCGACGACGAGGGAGACGAUCACGCUCAUCACCGUCAUCUUGCACCAACCUCUCCCAGCCUCACCCCUAGCAAUUUGUCCCAUGCGAACCAGCAACACUUCGAAUUCCCGUCCAGCGAGCAAACCCAACAUUCAGGUCCCUCUCAGGAGCUCGAAGAUGACGGCGAUGACGAGAUGAGUGGCAAUCGCACCGAGAAAAUGAAGAAGGCUCGCCUGCAUCAUCCCCAUCAUCACCACCACCAUCAUCAUCACCAUGUUUCUUCUUCUACUGACCAAUCCGAGCACCGCAUGGCCAAUAUCCUAGGCGACGGAGACGAGUCAUCCAACCACUCAGAAUCACAGACGCGAGGACAAGAAAGUUCGUCAACAGAUUCUCCAUCUCAUCUCCACAUCGAGGAAUUAUCCUUAGAAGAGCAACAAAAGCAAGAUCAGAGCAUCCAAGGGAGCGUCUACUAA